UGGGGACGUUGACAAGUGGAUCCAAGAUGGCGUAGAAAGUAAUGACAGGAAUUGGAUGAAGUAAUUGAUCACUAAUGAACUACAGAGCCGGUGAGAUGUGCAAGAAAGUAUAAAGCGCUCUGAUGGGCUGUUUGGGUGCUACCCAGAGCAGUGAACUGCAGGAUUUUUGUCCCUGAGUCAUGGAAGACAGAAGAGCUGAAAAGUCAUGUGAACAAGCAUGUGAGUCACUGAAGAGGCAGGACUAUGACAUGGCCCUCCAGCACUGCACCGAGGCCCUGCUUUCUCUUGGCCAGUACUCCAUGGCAGACUUGACAGGGCCGUGUCCACUGGAGAUUGAGCGCAUCAGGAUCGAGAGUCUUCUUUACAGAAUUGCCUCAUUCUUGCAGUUGAAAAACUACGGGCAAGCUGAUGAAGAUUGUAGGCAUGUGCUGGGGGAAGGACUGGCCAGGGGAGAGGGUGCCUUCCGGGCAGUGCUGUGCUGCAUGCAGCUGAAAGGGAAGCUCCAGCCUGUGUCCUCCAUCCUUGCCAAGUCACUGUCAGGGGAGUCUCUGAAUGGCAUGGUAACGAAAGAUUUGACAAGACUCAAGACGCUUCUGACAGAAACAGAGACAGCAGCAAGUAAUGCCGUCCCUGGAUGUCAUAUGGAAGACUUAGAUGAAGGCUCUUGUAAUGGUUGGCAUUUCCGCCCGCCACCCAGGGGAAUCACAAGCAGUGAGGAAUAUACUUUGUGUAAAAGGUUUUUAGAGCAAGGAAUCUGUAGGUAUGGUGCCCAGUGUACUUCAGCACAUUCCCAGGAAGAGCUAGCAGAGUGGCAGAAAAGAUAUGCCUCACGGUUGAUAAAGCUGAAGCAGCAAAAUGAGAAUAAACAGCUCUCAGGCAGCUACAUGGAGACCUUGAUAGAAAAGUGGAUGAGCUCCCUGUCUCCUGAGAAAGUGCUUAGCGAGUGCAUAGAGGGGGUUCAGGUGGAGCACAACCCUGACCUGUCAGUCACUGUCAACACCAAAAAAUCCCACCAGACGUGGACCUUCGCUCUGACCUGUAAGCCUGCAAGAAUGCUGUGUCGGGUGGCACUGCUUUAUGACGCGCAUCGCCCUCACUUUAGUAUCAUUGCCAUAUCUGCCGGAGAUAGGACUACCCAGGUAUCACAAGAAGUCCCCGAGAACUGUCAAGAAUGGAUAGGAGGAAAGAUGGCCCAAAAUGGAUUAGAUCAUUACGUGUAUAAAGUCGGGAUAGCAUUUAACACAGAAAUAUUUGGAACUUUUCGCCAAACCAUUGUUUUCGACUUUGGAUUGGAGCCAGUACUCAUGCAAAGAGUAAUGAUUGAUGCAGCUUCUACAGAAGACCUUGAAUACCUGAUGCACGCAAAGCAGCAGCUGGUGACCACAGCCAAGCGCUGGGAUUCUUCUUCUAAGACUAUUGUAGAUUUUGAACCCAAUGAAACUACUGAUUUGGAGAAGAGCCUUCUGAGCAGAUACCAAAUUCCUCUCUCUGCCGACCAGCUGUUUACACAGUCCGUUCUAGACAAAUCAUUGACCAAGACAAACUAUCAGUCACGGCUGCACGACCUGCUUUAUAUUGAGGAGAUAGCCCAGUAUAAAGAAGUCAGCAGGUUCAACCUUAAAGUGCAAUUGCAGAUUUUAGCAAGCUUCAUGCUCACUGGAGUUUCUGGGGGUGCAAAGUAUGCUCAGAAUGGACAACUUUUUGGUCGUUUUAAGCUUACUGAAACCCUUUCUGAAGACACUUUGGCUGGACGACUGGUGAUGACCAAAGUCAAUGCUGUUUAUUUAUUACCAGUCCCUAAAGAGAAACUAGUACAGACGCAGGGAACCAAAGAGAAGGUUUAUGAAGCUACUAUUGAAGAAAAAACAAAAGAUUAUAUAUUUUUAAGGAUAUCCAGGGAAUGCUGUGAAGAGCUUAAUCUGCGGCCUGACUGUGACACACAGGUUGAGCUUCAGUUUCAAUUGAACCGAUUACCCCUCUGUGAAAUGCAUUAUGCACUAGACAGAAUUAAGGACAAUGGUGUCUUGUUUCCAGAUAUCAGUAUGACUCCUACCAUACCUUGGAGUCCCAACAGACAAUGGGACGAGCAGUUGGAUCCUCGACUAAAUGCAAAACAGAAAGAAGCUGUUCUGGCCAUCACCACUCCGCUCUCCAUCCAGCUGCCGCCCGUUCUCAUCAUCGGCCCCUAUGGGACAGGGAAGACCUUCACUCUGGCUCAGGCCGUCAAGCACAUACUGCAGCAGCAGGACACGAGCAGGAUUCUCAUUUGCACCCAUUCUAAUAGUGCUGCUGACCUCUACAUAAAGGAUUAUUUACAUCCAUAUGUAGAAGCAGGCAAUCCCCAGGCAAGACCUCUCAGGGUGUAUUUCCGAAACCGCUGGGUGAAGACUGUCCACCCAGUUGUGCACCAGUACUGUCUGAUCUCAAGCGCACAUUCCACCUUUCAGAUGCCCCAGAAGGAGGAUGUUCUUAAGCAUCGAGUGCUGGUGGUCACACUGAACACUUCCCAGUACCUCUGCCAGCUGGACCUGGAGCCCGGGGUUUUUACGCACAUUCUGUUGGACGAAGCUGCCCAGGCCAUGGAGUGUGAGACCAUAAUGCCUCUAGCCUUAGCAACGAAAAACACACGCAUUGUUUUGGCUGGGGAUCAUAUGCAGCUCAGUCCUUUUGUUUACAGCGAGUUUGCCAGGGAGAGAAACCUUCAUGUUUCAUUACUUGAUCGACUCUACGAGCAUUACCCUGCCGAGUUCCCGUGCAGGAUCCUCUUGUGUGAGAACUACCGCUCCCAUGAAGCUAUCAUCAACUAUACCUCUGAGCUUUUCUACGAGGGUAAACUGAUGGCCAGUGGAAAGCAGCCAGCACACAAGGACUUCUACCCACUAACAUUUUUUACAGCACGAGGGGAAGAUGUACAAGAAAAAAAUAGCACAGCCUUUUAUAACAAUGCAGAGGUAUUUGAAGUGGUGGAGCGUGUAGAAGAGCUAAGGCGGAAGUGGCCAGUGGCGUGGGGGAAGUUAGAUGAUGGCAGCAUCGGUGUGGUGACGCCAUAUGCUGAUCAGGUGUUUAGGAUCCGGGCUGAACUUCGGAAGAAGAGGCUCUCUGACGUGAGUGUAGAGAGGGUGCUCAACGUUCAAGGAAAGCAAUUCAGAGUUCUCUUUCUUAGCACAGUGCGCACACGCCACACUUGCAAGCAUAAGCAGACGCCAAUUAAAAAGAAAGAGCAGCUUCUGGAAGACUCCACUGAGGACUUAGAUUAUGGUUUUUUAUCUAACUACAAACUUCUGAAUACUGCCAUCACCAGAGCACAGUCCCUGGUUGCUGUGGUGGGCGAUCCCAUUGCUCUGUGCUCUGUUGGAAGAUGUAGGAAGUUUUGGGAGCGGUUUAUUGCCCUGUGUCACGAAAAUCACAGCCUGCACGGGAUCACGUUUGACCAGAUCAAGGCUCAGUUAGAGGCUUUAGAACUCAAGAAGACUUAUGUGUUGAAUCCACUGGCUCCUGAAUUUAUCCCCCGGGCUUUACGACUGCAGCAUUCAGGAAACAGCAGCAGACAGCAGCAGUCGCCACCCAAGGGGAAAAGCCUCCACCAUCCCCAGAGCGACCAUUUUCAGAGUGACGGAAUCGUUCAGCCCAAUCCUUCCGUACUUAUUGGCAAUCCUAUUAGAGCAUAUACUCCUCCGCCCCCUCUUGGACCUCACCCAACUUUGGGGAAAUCUCCAAGCCCCGUUCAAAGAAUAGACCCUCACACUGGGACAAGUAUUCUUUAUGUACCUGCUGUCUACGGAGGAAAUGUAGUUAUGUCGGUGCCUUUACCUGUGCCAUGGACAGGGUACCAGGGUAGGUUUGCAGUUGAUCCUCGGAUUAUUACCCAUCAGGCAGCGAUGGCCUAUAAUAUGAACCUAUUACAUACACAUGGACGUGGAUCACCAAUCCCUUAUGGCCUUGGACAUCACCCACCUGUCAGCCUAGGGCAGCCGCAGAAUCAGCACCCAGAGAAGGAUCAACAGGAACAAAACCGAAAUGGUAAAACUGAUACAAAUAACCCCGGACCUGAAAUUAAUAAGAUCCGAACACCAGAGAAAAAGCCUGCAGAGCCCAAACAGGUUGAUUUGGAAUCAAAUCCACAGAACAGAAGUCCCGAAACCCGUCCCGGCGUUGUCUAUUCCAAUACCAAAUUUCCUCGAAAAGAUAAUCUCAACCCAAGACACAUUAAUCUUCCUCUUCCUGCUCCUCACGCACAGUAUGCAAUCCCUAGCCGCCAUUUUCAUCCCCUUCCUCAGCUACCCAGGCCGCCAUUUCCCAUCCCCCAGCAGCACACCUUGUUAAAUCAGCAGCAGAAUAAUUUACCUGACCAACCAAAUCAGGUGGCACCUCAGCCAAAUCAGGUGGUCCAGCAGCAAAGCCAGGCCCCUCCGCAGGCCCUGCAGCCACCGCCUCAGCUCUCUCCUGCACUUCAGGCGGGGCCCUCCAGUGCGUUUUUCAGUAAUGCAGUUGCUCACCGACCACAGACUCCUCCUGCCACAGAGGCUGUGGCUCCCGAGCAGCAGCCACCUCCCGUGCUGCCUGAUGGCCACAGUCCACUGAGAGCCAUCACUCAGCCUGGCCCCAUCCUGGCGUCCCCUUUGAACAACUUUGUUGACGAGAGCUCCCCGGGAUUGCCUGUAGGAGAAGCUGUGGAUGGAGUCCACGGAAGUGCAGCCCUGGAGACACUGAGGCGGCAGCAGGCGCGGCUGCCGCGGUGGGGUGAGCACCAUGCCUGUCUCAGCCAGGGCAGCGUCCCGUACUCACUCCCUCACCAUCCUCACCUCCCGCAGCUGCCCCAGCCACCCAUCGGCCUCCCCCAGCCGCCAGGGAGAGCGGAGUGGAAACUCACCAGCAGGGCUGACGACGAAGCCGAGACAACAUUCUCAAGGUUUCAAGACUUGCUCAGAGAGCUGUCUCAUCGUGAUCAAGGCGACACUCGAGAGCUUGCUGAAAUGCCACCACCGCAAUCAAGACUUUUGCAAUACAGACAAGUUCAGGCCAGAAGCCCACCAGCGGUCCCGUCUCCCCCUUCCGCCACAGACCACAGUGGCCAGUUUUCUAACGUUAAUGACAACAGCAGAGACCUUGGAGUGGCCCACAGCCCAGCAUUCCCACAGCGCCUCCCUCCUCAGCUCUUUGGCUCCCCCUUUUCGUUGCCAUCUGAACACCUUGCUCCACCUCCCCUGAAAUACCUGGCUCCUGAAGGAGCAUGGAAUUUUGCUAACUUGCAGCAGAAUCAUUUAAUAGGGCCAGGCUUCCCCUAUGGCCUACCUCCAUUGCCUCCCAGGCCACCGCAGAACCCUUUUGUACACAUCCAGAACCAUCACCAUGCUGUUGGUCAAGAGCCAUUUCACCCUCUGUCAUCUCGAACAGUGUCGUCUUCUUCGCUCCCCAGCCUAGAAGAGUAUGAGCCCAGAGGACCCGGUCGGCCCUUGUACCAAAGAAGAAUCUCAUCUAGCUCAGCCCAGCCUUGUGUGGAAGAAGGCAACACCCCGCAAGACAGCCUGGCUCAGGGCAAAGACACGCAGGACCACGGCCACACACCUGCGUUCAGCUUCCCAGCCCCCGAGUCCUGGGCCAACAGCACCUCAUCUGCCCCCUACCAGAACAUUCCGUGCAAUGGAUCCAGCAGGACACCUCAGCCCAGAGAGCUGAUAGCCCCGCCCAAGACUGUCAAACCCCCUGAGGAUCAGCUGAAGCCCGACAGCGGGGAGGCGUCCAGUUCCUUCAACUACUCGGUGCUGCAGCACCUCGGCCAGUUCCCACCCCUCAUGCCCAACAAGCAGAUCGCAGAGUCGGCCAACAGCAGCCACCAGCAGAGUCCGGCAGGGAGCAAGCCGGCAAUGUCCUAUGCCAGUGCGCUGCGGGCCCCGCCCAAGCCCAGGCCCCCGCCCGAGCAGGCGAAGAAGGGCAGCGACCCGCUGUCCCUGUUCCAGGAGCUCAGCCUAGGCAGCAGCCCGGGCAGCAACGGCUUCUACUCCUACUUCAAGUGACCGCCCUCGCUCGCCUCUGAAUGUUGGGUUCCUGGUUGUCCGUAGGAUUGAGGUGGCGGCUGCGCCUGCGCACAGCCCUCCGUAAUGUUGACCGUGCUCGCACUCAGUCCCCUUGCUGCUAGACCUGCGCCUAAGUUUGAAAGUAUAUUCCAUUAUUUUGCAUUUUUGAUGUGAGUCAGAAUUUCGACAGCUUUUAUGUAGAAUAAAAAUAUUUUUAAAUUUGUGUAUUGUUACAUAUGUUUGCAUCAAGCUAGCAGCUAAGAGGUUAAUUGUGCAACUAUAAAAAAAAAAGAAAAAAGUUUGUCUAAAAUAUAUUUAAAAAGAAAAAAAUGUUAAGUAGCAUUUACAUUUAUUCAAUAAUAUUACCACAUGCUGGGUUUCUGUACCAGAAAUGGCCAGUUGAUGUACAAAUGUAUGUUAUUUUUGCUUAAAUUCACUUAAAAAAUUUUUUUAAAUAAAGGGGCAGCAUCUUCUAAAAACUUUAUCUUUUUUUUUUUUUUUUGGUGACAGGAUGCUGCGUUCUAAAACUUUCAGAGUUUUAGACUCUGUGACAUGCUGUUCUCUCCAUCAGCAUAGGGUGGAGGUCAAGGCCUUCUUUGCCCAUGUGUAUUCUGUAUGCCACUGGGUUUUGAAAUGUGAAAAAGAAAAAGAAAAAAAAAAAAAACUAGCCAAAACCCACUGGCAUACUUAGUUUUGUUUUGGUUUUUGACAAGCAACACUUCCCGCUUGUUUUUAAUGUUAAUUUGAGAGUGUGUUGUUGUUGUUUUUUUUUUUUUAAAAAAAAAAAACACAAAUCAUGAAGCUGAAAAUUUUUAGGAUUGUUGGUGCUUAGUAGACUUGAUAACUAUUUUAAAACUGCGUGAAUUUAGUGAAAAAUCCUUUUCUCACUCUGCAUGUGUAAGUGUCUGUGGCCUGCCCCUACCCCCCAGGGCAGAAAGAACUGUGCCCACUAAAGGUUUGGCUUUCUUUUCCUCCAGGAAAAAUUUUGGUACCUUAUUUGAUGUUUACAUUAAGAUAUGACAUUACACAUGGCAAUUCUAAGAUUUUUCUAGUUGUUUGAGGAAUAUCAUUAAAGAAAAAAAUGUUCGUCAAAAAUUGAUCAAAAUUUAGGGCAUGUUUCAGAUCCUUUGAGUCUUCUGAAGUUCACUCUUGAACCCAUUAUAAAUCUGAAGUUGAAGCCACCGCCUGCAGAGGUCCACAGCCUGACAGUUGUUUUGAAUGGACGUUAAAAGGAGAGGCUGGCCUUUUCAUGUGUGCUUUAACACAGUUGAAUGAGGAACGUCCUUACCAUUUCCUGAUCCAGUAGCUCGAAUUUUAUGUUUCUGAGAUGUCUUGAGACUAUGAUAUAUCUUUUAUUUUUUAUUUUUUUUAAACUAAGAUGAGACCAGGGGAUAGAUAUUUCAAAAGAGCCCAAUCUUCCUGAUGAUCAUUCAAGCAUAGUUCUGGAACUGUGCUGACAGGACAUCUUAAACUGGGUGGAGAGUGGCACGGAAGGCAGAGUUUGUCUGACUAGCCGGCUGCAGCCCCCGAUAGUGUGGGAUUAAAGGCUGUGCUGGUUAAGGACCAGCCACCUCCAGGACCCAUGCCGCAGCCUCUAAUUCAGUGCCACUUUUGUGCUCAGGGCCGAGCCACUGGCACCUGGCUUCCCGCCUCGGGCUGCACACCUCUUGUGAGGCGGCUGAUGUGGACCCCCAGACUGAAGAUGUGUUGAUAGCUAGUGCAGAUCACAGCAGGGGUGUGGGUCCAGUGAGCCAGGCCACCGCGCUCUGCAAGAUGUGACAUCAGCACGUCGCUGGCACACCGUUGGCAGAACAGGAUAACUGUUGCCACAGCACUCUGUGGUUUCUAGUUCUGUGCCCAGACGAGCAGUAGGACUCUCCCAGGAUGAAGCUGCCUGUGUCCCAUCAGUGAGAGCCCCACCCCACACAGGCAGACACACAGCACAGGUCAGCCAAGUGUUCAGAGCCAGUUUGCUAACUCAGAACUGUAUUGCCCGCUUCCAGUUUACCGCUCAUCAGGAGAUAAUUACCUAGUUUUCUGUUUUUCAUACUUGAACCUUUAAAAAAAUAUAUCAGUUUUUAAAAAUUAUUUAUAUUUUAGUUAAAGUCAUGCGUGCACCCUAUCAUCUUAUAUAAAAAUGCUGAUGGCGGGCCCCUUUAAAUGACGUGCGGUGACAUUCUCAGAGUGCGUGUUUCUAGGAAAUGACACUAGCUACUUGUUAGUUGACCGCGGUGUUGGGAAUGUUGAGUGCUCCCAUCUCUCUCUUGUUUCUGCAGCUAGUUGAGGAUUUGUUUCCAUGUUCUCAUGGUCUGGAUAAAGUGCUUGUUUUAACCCGGCCCCCUCCUUCCCAGCGUGACUCCUGUCUUCCCCGUGUGGGCCCUGAGGAGCCUGUUGGCCCUGAGGAGCCUGUUACUUGUGCCGGCAUCUUGUAACAGUCGACAGCAGAUCUUACCUGAAGAGCCAUUGUGAGUUCCCACUGCUGCUCUGUGCUGUUACUCAGUCUUAGUAUUAGCAGCGUUAGUCAGCCUCCUGGAAACAGCUUAUUUCAUUCAUUAGAUUCAACUUUAGAGUUCAGAUGGAACAUAUGUACAUCUGUGUGUGUAUAUAUGUGUUUGUUUACAUACAUAAGCACACAUUUAUUUUUUAAAGAAAACUUGAUAGCUCUGUGAUGCCCUUUUCUUCUGAGGGCAGAUUUCUCCUGACGUCUUCUUAUGAUUUCUUUCAUGUCUUUUGUUCUUUUUCUAGGUGGCAUUUCCUUGUUCUUGCCAGUACUGUUUUUGGUCAUUUCACUACAGCUUGAGGUCUUUCUUUUUCCUCCUUCCCGCUCUCCCUUUCUUUUCCCAUCUUUUUCUUUCAGUUCUUUUAGGUGAUAAUUCAUAGAGCAUUCAACGCUAAGUUUGUUCCUCCUCUUCCCUUUUUGAUCUAAAAAUGAAUUCCUGUUGAGAUUUGACAAACUUCAUUCAUAUUAUGGAUAUUUUUUGGUGUAUUUUUCAAAGAAGUCCACUCUGGCCCUGCCAUUGCUAAUCACAAUAUUUUGAUCGAGCAGUAGUUACUUAAUUGAUCAUUCAGAGUAAUGGCCUCAGUCUUCCUAUCUUCACACAGACAUGCUUUCUGUCUGGGUCGUCCUGUGUGAGGAAAACAUAAAAUUGUCCAGUGUGGGUUAUUUUUUUGUUUUUGUUUUCUUCUAAUCAAAAGUCUAGGAUGAGUUCAGAUUUGAUAGAAGCAUCAACUAGUCUUUUCUGUUCAGAGAGCUGCAGGGUAAGUAAAAUAAACAGAAGUCUCAUGGAAUAAGCAUUACCCGAUAAACAGAGCAGUCUCCAGAGCCUAUUCACUGAAGAGGUUUUCUUCUUUCUGCAGGCAUUGAGGCUCCAAGGAAGCUCACUGUGUCUUUUAACCUUGAGCUUAUAUGUUGUAUUGCAUUGCUGUAGUGUAGUUGAAGGUUCUGUGUUUUGAUAUGUUUCAUUUUGAGAGCAAAGCUGAAAACAUAAAAGAAUGUAUUUCUAGCCACCAUGACUAAGAGUCAGGGUCUGAAAACAGAUAGAUUUAGGUUAAAUCUGAGUGUUUCAAAUAUUGUCAUGGAGAAUGUUAGAUUUCCUGAAAUAGUUGAUUUUUAGGAGAUGCCCAUGAGUGAAGAAAUCAUUGUGUAGUGGAGAGUUUUGCUAAAGAAAAAUUCUAUAAAAAUACAAGAUUAAAACUUCUCGUAUAGUAAAACAUAGAAUUACUGCUUUAAAAUAUUAUUUAUGCUGUUCAUCCCUCCCCAUCCACUUCUCAACCUCCUCACAGUUAAGGUUCUCAUUAAGUAGAUACUGUUUUUUGCUUAUCUUCCCCUUAGCAUAAUGAACCCCCUGCUUCCACCGUUGCCCUGUCUGUCUUCUCACACCUGGGUACACAUGUUUUGGUAGAUCUGAUCUGUCAUCUGGUCCAUAUUCAGGCUGCCCAGAAAUUAGGAAAAAGAUGACUGAAGCUUUGCCUUGUGCUUCUUGUUCAGAAUAUUUCGUAGUGUGCCCCUCACAUCAUGGUACCCAGACUCAUCACCUUGGUCCUUAAACAAAAGCCUUCCUCACAUUGCCCUCUCCCAUUGUUAUCUCCAUUUAAUUAGCAAUUCCAAGACCACUGAAACAGAGGAUUUUUCUCAAGUUUAACAUCCUAAUAAAACAUCAGAAAGUGGCAUUAUGUCAUCAACUCUAAGCUAGAAUAUCAGGUCAUACUUUUUUUUUUUAAGUUUUAGUGUAACAGUCAGACAUUUUGAGCCUACUGAAAAAUACCUACCUUACAGUGAUCUUUAAAGAAACCCUCAUUGUUUAAAAAUGUUUUUGUAAGGAAGGUACAUGAUAGAAGAGUCUACACUUGGACUUGUGAGCUGCGGGUAAAUUCCAGCCCAUUGAGCCAGUGGUAGCCUGAAGCUUCUGAAAAGAGUUUCAAGAGAAAGCCCAUGUGUCCUGUAGUAUUCAGUCAUCAGUGGUAGACCAGACGUGACUUGCAAUUUGUUCAACAGAGAGAUUUUAUUUUGAUACAAAUACUAAACAUAAAGUAUAGUAAGUUUUAUAUAAUUCUAUGAGUUCAUUCAACAAUAUUGUGAGAUUUUCAGUUUGGUUUUCGGGGGUCUUUUUGGCUCUUUCUACCUCAUCUGAGGUCUCUUCUGUACUUUAGUUAGCAUACUAGCAUGUGGUUGCCUGCCUUAGAAUGACGUACUAAGGGGAGGGGAAAUCGAUAUCACCUUUUAAGAAAAAUUUUGAUUUUUAUGGAAUAAUUGUUUUAAUAUUUUAAUGUUUGAAAGUGAAGGGGGAAAGGGUGACAAAUUACAUACAGUGAUAACUAUUUACAAACUUAACGUAUUUUAAGAUUUUAGAAUUGUGAGCGAGAGCAAGCAAAGAAAAAAAGAAAAAAAAAGAAAAAAAGAAAAAGAAAAAAAAAGUUGAUUGUGAAGCUGAAGUCAGCCUUGGCUUUCCCUGGAUGGGUUGUUGAAGUACAGAUGGCUGGAUCCACCCCAGGGUGACUGCCACAGCCGCCCAGGGAGCGCGCUUUGAAGACCGCUGGUCUAGAGAAAGCCAGAGGGUUUUUCAUCUCAUUACUCUUGGGUCAUUUUAAUCAUCCUGACACCACACGUGGCCCAUUUGUUGAAAAAGCUCUCUGUACCUUUGGGGUCUCUGCUCCUCCUCAUUGGGGUGCAGGGGCACUUUCAUUUCUAGGGUGAGUUUGUUGUUAAGGACGCAGCUGCCCGGCUGCCAUCUGGAAGCUGUGCAUUUGUGGGAUGUGCUUUAGAGUUGACCUCAUCCCUACACAUGGAGAGAGAACUGAGGAAAGAAGCCAUCGGACGCCCCGAGAGUGUCCCCGCACUCAUCGAGGCUCACAGUGUGGGAGUCCCUGUCCCAGGGUGGCAGUGACACGGAGCAUCAGAGACGUUAGAUAGUCCCCAAAUAACGGAGUCUAUAGCUUCUUGUUUUCUUUCUCCUCCUCCUCUUCUUCUCCUUCUUCUUCUCUUCUUCUUUUGUAUGUGUAUUGGCAUGAGGGCAAAGGAUUUACUUUCGUAUUAUAUGUUUCUCAGGUUAACAAAGUUAUUUUGGGUUCUCUGCCGUGCCAGCAGGCCUUAGGGAGAGCCUGGGUGUUGUAUGUGGCAGAAAAGAAGCAAUUGUUUCUGAUUCCCUUGCUACCUUGAAGAACUCUGUCUGUUUGCAGAAGAGUUGAGGGGAACACACCCGUCUCCACAGCGUGAGUGACUUCCUAAGUCAUAGCAGGCCUGAAUGAGCGAGUUAUUUUGAAAAAGAAACUGCCUACAACGUAAUAAGCCUGACAGGUCUUUGGAUAUUUUUACAUUUGUGUGUUGAGUUUAAUGUUCAGCCUGGGCUGCAGCUUGGCGGGUAUUGGCCUCUGCUUCCGGUUUUUAGUCUGGCUUUGAGUAUUCUGAGUUACUAGCAAGAAAACAAAUCUAUUUUUUAAGGUAAUAGACUGUAGAACGGCAUAGGCGUAGACGUAUAAGACACAGUGACCAUCGUAGGAUGCACAGCUUUAGAAUCCUUAGCCCCCAGUACUUCCUACAUAACAGGCCCGGGAAGCUUUAGCUGUGGGUGGCUGGUGUGCUCGGCACAGCUUCCUCUAUGCACUCCCAGCUUAUAAGGGAUUUUGGUUUAUUUGCCAUUUGCCUUGCAUGGUACCACUUUGUAUCUUUUGGGGGGGGGGGCGUGGAGGGCUCUUGUCCAGGUUAAAGUCCCAAAGUGUCAGACCUGAGAUUGUUUCUCAACAACACCCCUCCCCUUUCCCCUCCCCCCACACAGAGGAAGGGUUCUUGAUAUUCAUGUAUCGGGACCACGCCUGCGCCUAUAUCUCCAUGUGUAUGACAUGCACAUCAAGUACUGUAUCUGACUUCUGUGCCAGCCACCUGACCUGAUUCUUUGAAACCCAUAAAGGUAGUGGUUAUAUGUCAUAGUUGCAUCCCAGGUGAAUGGAGUGGCUCAAAUACUUUCUCUGAAUUAUGAAGCUAAUGGGGUUUGCAUUUUUAGUAAAGAGUGAUACAGGAUCUUUCUUUUUAGUGUUUUAAAAAAUACAAUUCCCUAAAUGUGGUCAGCGAUAUAUAGGACCAGUUCUGUAGAAGAAUCAUGCUGGGUCUUCUGCCGGAAAAGCCUCCGUAAGAGAGGCCACGCAUGAAAUCACCCUGGUUCGUUUAUCUGACAAGCACCACUUACGCAGCAUCUAAUUAAACAUAAUCUAUGCCAAGAGUAAUAACAACAACUGUGUUCCUUUGCGGUGUAUCAUACCUCAUCUGAGAGGCCCUAAUACCUGGAGAAUUGAUUCUUGAAAGUAAAGAUGAUUUUGUAUCAUUAGAUAACCCCACAGCUAUCCACCAAGGCUUUUCAUUUCUCCUUUCUUUGUCUUCCCUAACUCGGUUUUUGGAGUCCCCUUAGCUUAUGCUACUUCCUUAGGACACAUUUUUGAGCCCGGGAGUCUACGGUGUGAUCAUUGUCGGUGAAGUUUUUUUUUUUUUAUUUGUUUGUUUGUUUUGUUUUGUUUUAAAAGAUUCAUGGUAACACAAAAUGUAUUUUACUGCUACAACUAAAAUGUAUUUAUAAUAAAAAUGCCUUUUUAAUAA